UCCUGUUAGAGUGACAGCCGCUGCAGGUUGGACAUUGUCUGGAUGAGCAGAAAAUGAUAAAACGUAUAAAGCAGUACCUGCGCUCUGCACACAGUGUAUUGUGUUAGUGCUGACAUGUCCCCAGUCCCUGCGCGUUACUUUGCCUCAGAUUCAGCUACUGGCGCGUCACGGAGCUAGUGGUGACGUCAUGAUCUCGCGAGGAGAGACUUGUAAUGACUGGAGCGGCUUCCUUGCCGGAACUGAGGAGCUGGACGUAUAAACAGCAGCCAGGGACUGCGAGCUGAGGAAAGCGGCGCUGUGGGGCGCAUCAAUGGACCGGGACAAACGCCGCCUCAGUGGGGUCCUGUCUUCUCUCUCCCUCUUCUGUGUCAUCCUCGAUCUGCAGCUGCAUGGGUUAUCGGCAGCAAACCAUGCAGAAAUAGAGGGGCACCUGGAGAUGGGGCGCAAGCUGUUAGCAGCCGGGCAGCUGGCCGAGGCGCUUACACACUAUCACGCUGCUGUGGACGGAGACCCCAAUAAUUACCUGACGUAUUAUAAGCGGGCGGCCGUGUAUCUGGCGAUGGGGAAGUUCAGAUCCGCCCUCCCCGACCUGAGCAGGGCCAUCCAGCUGAAGCCUGACUUCCUGGCCGCACGACUGCAGAGAGGCAAUAUCCUCCUCAAGCAGGGAGAUGUGCAGGAGGCCCGGCAAGACUUCCUGUCAGUGUUGCAGAGUAGCCCGACCAACGAGGAAGCACAAAGCCAGCUGGAGCGAGUGCAGGAAGUGGAGAGAAAUGUGGGCGGAGCAUCGGAGGCGUAUGAGAGAAGAGAUUAUUAUGGCGCCAUUGCACUUCUAGAGAAAGUCAUAGAGUUUUCCCCAUGGGACCCCAGUGCCCGGGAGUUGAGGGCUGAGUGUUACCUGCAAGUAGGAGAGUUAAGUAAUGCAGUGCAGGAUCUGAAACCCACCACAAAGCUGCGUAAUGACAACAGGGCCGCCUUCCUGAAGCUCAGCAAGUUGUACUACAGUAUGGGCGAGCAUGGGGAGAGUCUGAGCCAAGUGCGGGAAUGUCUGAAGCUGGACCAGGAUGACAAGGAAUGUUUCUCUCAUUAUAAACAAGUCAAGAAACUCUCUCGGCAGCUGGAAAUGGCUGAAGAAUUAAUCCGGGAGCAAAGGUAUGAAGACGCCAUUGAGAAAUUUGAAGCUUCGGUAAAAACAGAACCCCGGGUGGAGGUGUACAGCACGCGAGCCAAAGAGAGAAUCUGCCACUGCUUGUCAAAGAGCCAGAAAACAGAAGAAGCCAUAUUGGUGUGUACAGAGGCGCAUCAGAGAGACCCUCAGAACCCCCUCAUCCUGCGAGACCGGGCCGAAGCCUAUAUUCUCAAUGAGGAAUAUGAAAAAGCUGUGGAGGAUCUCCUGCAGGCCAAAGAACUGGACGGAGAGAGCGAGGAGAUAAAGGAAGGUCUAGAAAGGGCCCAGAAGCUGCUCAAACAGUCCAAGAAGAGAGAUUAUUAUAAAAUACUGGGAGUUAAAAGAAACGCCAACAAGCAGGAAGUGAUCAAAGCGUACAGGAAGUUGGCACAGCAGUGGCACCCGGACAACUUCCAGUCAGAGGAAGAGAAGAAAGAGGCGGAGAAGAAGUUUAUCGACAUUGCAGCGGCCAAAGAAGUGUUAACAGAUCCAGAGAUGCGUCAGAAGGUGGACGCUGGGGAAGAUCCGUUGGACCCAGAAAACCAGCAGGGCUCCGGCCAUCACCAGCAGUGGCCUUUUGAGUUUAACCCAUUCGGCUCGGGCAAUUAUCAAUUUAAAUUUAACUAUCACUGACGGAACUGCACAGAAAGGACAAAAUGGGGACACAAUGGGCCAGUUCUCUGGUACCGCCCAGAAUGUGGGAGGAGCCUUUGCACAUAUCCUCCCCGCUCUCCCAACAUUUCCUCUGGGCUUUCAGUACCGGGAUUCUGAGAAUCGGACUGUUACUGAGGCUGAAAUGUGGACACAAAUGGUGGACCCGGGGAAUCCGUUUGAUUCGCUUUCUCGGGAACAGGUAGUGAGGGACUAGAAGGUGUUUCUAAUGAAAUCAUACGUGGAUUUUGAUUGGCUGUGGGCAGCGGGUUUUAUCAACCGCCAACGAGAAAUCAUCUUGCAGACUGGGAGUGGCCUGUAAAUUAUUAAAUAAAACUAAAGAUUGAAUUUUAA